AUGAACAACGCCGCGCUACCGCAACAUCCCAUACCCGUUUCGCCCUCAUCUCUCUUAGAUCCCGGCGCUUCGCCCGAUACUAGUCAUGGAUCGUAUAGUGCAAGCGACGAUGGUUGGGAAUGUCAUGCACAGAUGAUGGACCUGCCCGAAGCAUUUGCGCCAGCUGGCGCCAGUGAUGAGGACGAAGGCCUGACUGCGCUGGAAAUGCCCGACGGCAGCACACGCUUCACGGCUAAUUGGCUGCCGGUGGAUCCGCAAGGUGGAUUCACCAUCGGCUCGCCCGAAAAACCUCGUUCGGCCGCCGGUGCGGGCAAUCUCUUCGACCUCGAGUUCAUGAACUACCGCAAGGAGGCCUUCAUCAUUGCCGACAGUGGCGUGUGA